GGUGUUGUGACACGUCUCGAAGCCUUUCCACGCCGCGCGCACGCCCAACGGUCGAGGCAGGGGAGGCCGCGCGCGCUUGAGCAAAGGCCGGGAAAAUAAUGGCGGCGCCCGUCUUGCGAGUGUCCACCCCUCGCUGGGAGCGGAUAGUGCGGCUACUCGUCUGUCUCUCAGGAAUCCUGUUAUCCCUGUACGCUUUCCACGUGGAGAGGGAAAAGACCCGCGACGCCAACUACCGCGCCAUGUGUGACUUGAGCAGCUCCAUCAGCUGCUCCAAAGUCUUCACGUCCAGAUGGGGUCGAGGAUUUGGACUGUUGGGUACCAUUUUUGGGAACGACAGUGCAGUAAACCAGCCAAACAGUGUCUAUGGAAUCUUGUUUUAUAUCUUUCAACUGUUACUAGGUUUGACGGCCAGUGCGAUGGCGGCUCUGAUUCUCAUGACCACCUCCAUCGCGUCAGUGAUGGGCUCCCUCUACCUGGGCUACAUCCUCUACUUCGUCCUCAAGGACUUCUGCGUCAUCUGCAUCACCACAUACGCACUGAACUUCAUCCUGUUUGUGCUCAACUACAAGCGACUGGUUUACUUGAACGAGGCCUGGAAGCAGCAGCUCCAAGCCAAGCAGGACUAGACACACAAAAACACAACAAUGACACAAGUAGAGAAGGAGAACCAAUCAUCCAACACGUGAGGAAGAGGGGACUUCUGGAAAAAUCUGUGACUUGUCACCAGGAGACCUUGCUUCCAAACAAAUGUCCAUUCUGUUGUGUGUGUGUGUGUGUGUGUGUGUGUUAAACAAGGAAAGAAAACGUGUAUCUUUAGGGGCCACAGAUCACAGGUUCAUUGCAAGGAAGGAUUGGAAACCAGAAACACAUCUUUAUCCGCUUUGAUUUCUCCUUGGUUUUCUUUGUUCCCUGAGAUGAAAAUGAGGUUUGCGCUUGAUCGAGAGAGAGAGAGAGCGGUCGGAAAGCACUUACGAAACAAACAGAAGAGGGUGUCCUUUCCCUGAGGAAUAAAAUAAUGUAAAAAACAAUGUGAUAACUUCUGUUUACUUGAAUCCACUGUGAAAGUGGUUGCUCUUUGGACUGUAUUUAAGGGUUAUAAAGGGUAAACACGAAUGAUCAUGAGGCUAAUGUAACGCUCGCAGACAUGACGGCUUGCUAUCAUUGAAACGACAAAUAAAGUGUCAUUUGUUUUUUUUGUUUUUUUACAGAUUUUUUUUUGUUUGUUUUGUUUGUUUGGAAGAGGACCACUCAUAAAACACGGACGAAUGUGUGACUAUUUUUUUUAUCAGUUUGUUGUGCAGUUCUGUAAAUAGCUGCCGCGAAGCAAUAUUCCAGUCCAGAUUAGUUUGUGUUUUACCGGUGAAACAUUUCCAGCGAGUGCUUUCAACGGCGAUUGUGCGAGUUAUUUUUUUGUGUGUGUUUUAGUAUUUUACUCAUCUUUAGGGGGUCUUGAUCCAGAAUAAAUGCUGCAUUCGUCGUGUUGGAA